UUUUCUCGUUCCCUAUAACCAUCUUCCUUUCCAUUUUUCUUUCUCUUUCUUCCCAUCCUCUACCAUGCCUCCCUUCGUCUUCAUCAACAAACCUCCAGUGGAUGACGAGUCUGCACGUUUGCGGAAGGAAUUCGUGUCCCUUGUUGCGAAGUUGGACGUGACUAUGAAGGUCGUUCCGGACGAUCAACCAGAGUUGAUGGAGGAGAAGCGGGAUUGGAAUAGGCAAUGGGAUGAGUUGUCCGCUUCGUUUAGCACAUGCUUUGCUGCCGCGCAGAAGCGUGGGCUACAGUUCUCAUUGUCCGCAGCCGAUACCGCCUUGGUCAAGAGCGGGAAUCUGACAUAUGCAAUGCACGAGUGUCAGUUGACCGAGAAGAUGCAGGACGACCAGGAGAAGAUGGAUGUGGUUUUGGGCAACGCUAGUGCUGGUGAGGAGGAUGCGGAUGGAGAGCCUGAGGUUGCGAGUACCAAGGUAGCGACUUCUACCAAGCGUCCACGUAAGGCGGCUGGUAAGGGAGCUGGGAAGACGAAGAAAUCUCCAGAGGUAGUUCCGUCUGAGGCCGAUGAGCCGCAGGAACCAAAGCUUGGUGGUCGUGCGAUCGCCCCAGGACCUAAGGUCGACCACGUUCUUCCCUGUGCCAAUUGCAGGAAGCGUGACAAGCUUUGCAGUGGUUCGCGGGGCCAGCAGUGCGAUCCUUGCAAGGUUGCGAGGACCAAGUGCGAGUACUCGUCUUUCGGAAAAGCGUCUGCGAAAAAGGGUCCCUCUGUUGCGUCGACGCCUCCGGUGGCUAGUGGAUCUCAUUUGUCCGCACCUGGCCCUAUCCGGCGUACCGUUUCUUCUCCGGAACGUCAGGUGUGGGAUCCGAUCGAGGUAUCUGAUGGUGAGAUGGGGAGUACUGCUAGGCGUCGUUCAGUUGCGACUGGGAAGGGGAAGAAGAUAGCAGUGGAGGAUGAUGUUGAGGAUGCGGAGGACCUGGAGGAGUUGCAUGAGAUGCGCCAGGUGCGUGCAAAGCUCAUGCAAGCGUAUAGCAUGAUCUUCGAGGCCACCCUCGCACUUGACAAGAGGGAAGCGCGCAUCCUUAAGAAGCGUGCCGCUCGCAAGUAG